AUGGGCUCCAGAAAGCAUGAUUAUAGUAUAAGUAAUGAAAUUAAACUUAAAUUAAAGGAAACCUCGCUUCUUAAAACAUUUCAAUUAACAAAUAAAAGCCAAAUUCUAAUUAUGGCGCAAGGAACAUAUCUAUUUAAAUGUUAUGGUGCAGAAGGAGGAAAUAAUAAUGUCUAUUUGGGAGGUAAAGGUUCCUACAUUGCCGGAGCUAUCUACAUUGACAAAGAUAGCAAAUCAUUUACAAUUGAUGUUGGUGGAAAAGGCCCGGACACUCCAAAUAAAGGGAAAGCAAAUCCAGGAGGAUAUCCAGAUGGCGGAGCAAGUGGAAAUUCCAAUAAAGCUAUAUAUAUGCUAGGGAGUGCAGGUGGUGGAGGUUCCAGCUCUGUCUACUUGAACAACGAUAAAAUUCUUGUUGCAGCGGGUGGGUCAGGUUCAGCAGGCAAUUGCCAAGGAGCUCCUAGAGGAAAUCUUGAAUAUUCAUAUGAAUAUGAAUAUGUUGGAGUCAAUAGUUAUAAAUUAAAAACAGUAAUUCCUCCUUCAAAUUCACAAUGCGAAACCGAUCCAUUAAAUACAUAUCAAAACUAUCCACCAAGUGGAAUUGGAGGUGGCUAUCCAUGUGGAAAAAGAGGAAGUUCACAGUCAAUUCAAUCAUCAUCGAGCUAUCUAGUUUCAUCAAGUGGAAUGUCAUAUAUUAACAGGGAUUAUAUGAAAUUAGUUGAAAUUUCUGAUGGAAAUUCAAACUCUGGAAGAACAGGCAAUGGCGAAAUAAUAGUUAAUAAAUAUUGUUCAGAUGAAAAUUGUUACAAUUGCCUUGAUGAUUCAAACAAAUGUUCAAUUUGCAAAGAUGGAUAUCAUUCAAAUUCUAAUGGUGUAUGCAAAAUUGAUUGCAACAAAUUCAAACAAAAUGGGGUUUGUGUAGAAAAUUGCGAUCCAGGCUACUUUAUAAGUUCAAAUAAUGAGUGUAUUAAGUGCCAUGAAUCAUGCUCAAAGUGCGAUGGGAUAGAAGCGAACAAAUGCACUGAAUGCACAGGUGAUAGAUUCUUGGAAAAUAAUAUGUGCAUUUCUUCAUGCGGUGAAGGAAAAUAUGGAAAUAGAACAACAAAUACAUGCGAUCAAUGCUCUCCAAGAUGCAAAAUAUGCAACUCAUUUUUCGAAUGCACUAAAUGCACAAAUGGUUAUUAUUUAUCACAAGGAAAUUGCAAUCAUUUGGCAUCACAACAAUAUGAAAUAUAUCGAUUUUCUAAUUUCAAUAAGAGAGUCUUCAAAAAUUGUUGCGAUUAA